AUGAGGACGAAUCUCUGGACCGUAGCCCUGCUACUUUUCUCCUCCACUCCCUCAUUUGCACAUCCGCAAUACAUUCCUUCCGCCGAACUAAUCCCCCGCGAUGCAAAGGCACAACCUGUAGUCAACGCCGAAGAAUUCACAUACUAUUCGCGCGAGGAGAAACGAGGUGGCGAUUUAUUUAAACGCAAGGGCGGCGGAGGCGGUGGCGGGAAAGGAGGAGGUGGAAGUUCGAGUAGUGGCAGUAGUAGUAGUGGAAGCAGUUCUUCAAGUUCUGGUUCUUCGUCCGGAAAAGGAGGUGUCACCUCCUCUUCCUCUUCAUCGGGUGGCGCUACAAAAGCUGGCUCGGGUCCCGCGCCUGCUUAUGGUGGGGGGAGAUAUUAUGGCGGAGGAGCAACAGCCCCAUAUUCCUCAGGAGCUCGUUCGCCUCUCGGAAUUGCCCCCGUCUUCCUCGGCUUAGGUGCCUUAUCCAUCUUCCCUGGUCUCUGGCUCUACGGCGCCUACAGCUAUCCAUACCACAAUCAGUAUUCCUUCCGCAACCACUCGGCUACCCGCAACAGCACCAACACUACAUCUGCCUCUAUCGAAACCCGUCAAGAAUCGGAUACCACGGGUGUCAACGAGACAAAACCAGUCACAUGUCUCUGUGCUGCAUACAGCGAGUGCGGAUGCGACGAUAGUGGAAACUCGACAUUCCUAGAUCAGAUAAUCGGGGAUGGAAGUUACGACGCGUUGAACAAGUCGCUGGUUAAUGUCGCGGAGGUUAAUGGUACAUCGACGAUUCUUAUUAAUGGGACGUUGCCUAAUGGAACGACUGCGAGUGGUGGGUCGGAUUCUGCGGCUGGGAGAACGAUUGCGGAGGGUUUGGGUUGGUGGGUCAUGCUUGCGACGGUUUUCGCUACUUGCUUUGCUAUUUGA